CCAUCAGCUGCCCCCCAUUCCACUUCUCCUGCCCACCCAGUCACAGUAGGUGAUGUCAAAAGUUGUUCGUGAGUUCAGUCACUCGCCGGAGUUGAAGAUUGUUGUUUGGCACGCCGCUAAAGCCACCUCCGUUGGUUUCUUUGCACCUCUUCUGAGGCAUCUAAAAACUUGGUCAGUCCACCAAAAGUGCCGUGAAAUGAGCAACGGAAAACACUUGGCUACAGGUGCUGCGUUACCGUCCCUGAGCGACGAUGGGAAGCUUCGGCUGUAUUCAAUGCGCUUCUGCCCGUAUGCCCAUCGUAUUCACCUCGUCCUGGACGCCAAGGACAUUCCCUACCACUCGAUCUAUGUGAAUUUGAAGGCAAAACCCGAAUGGCUGUACAACCGUAGCCCCGGUGGCACCGUGCCGGCUAUUGAUUUGCCCAACGAGAGCGGCGGCGCCCAUUUGUACGAAUCCCUCGUCAUUGCUGACUAUCUGGAUGAGAAGUUCCCACAGCGCCCCCUCUACCCCCGUACCCCACUGGGGAAGGCCAAGGAGCGGCUGCUCAUUAAGAAAUUCGACACGGUCAUCGAGGUCAUGUACAAGGUCUUCAUGGGCACCCACGUGCCAGGCACCAUCACGGAGAUCAGCAACAGGCUGGACUUCUUCGAGAAGGAGCUGCAGGCACGCGGAAGUGACUUCUUCGGCGGCAACGUACCCGGUAUGGUGGACUACAUGAUCUGGCCAUGGUGUGAAAGGGCUGACAUGCUCACCUACCUACUGGGCGACAAGUACGUCCUCGAUGAGGAGAGAUUUCCCAAAUUGGUCAAGUGGAGAAGCCUGAUGAAGGAGGAUAAAGCUGUAAAAGCUUCCUACAUUUCCGGCGAGAACUACGCUAAAUUCAUGGAGACACAUCGCCAGGGAGUCCCUGACUACGAUAUGCUCGUUCGUCUUGGGAGGAAAAGAAUCUUCCACCACACAGUAGAGAGAAAUUGGUGAAAAAAAAUCUUCUUGGAAGUUUUAAAAAGGGGGUAGUCAUUUGAGAAAUUUUUACCACAAAAUCGUUCAUAAAAAAAUCCUACAUAUAGCCUAAUUAUUUUUUAAAAAUACAAAUAAAUCUAUUCCUGAAUUUCUUUUAAUAUUUUGAGCUAUAUUUUUUAUCUUUCAUCAAAAUUUUGAAACUUUUUAUUUAAUUUUUCAAAUCUUUCCAAUACAACAAAUACUAAAAAUCCUUUUAAACAAAAUUAAAUCUCAAAAGCUUCACAGAUUCUAUGGAAAAACUGUUUCGGAAAUCUCAAAAACUUUUGAUUAUCUUGACAAUCCUAAAAAUAUUUUUUCAUGUCCUUUAAGUCCCACAAAUACUAUAAAUCUUUCAACAAGAGUCAUUAAAUUAAUAAAUAUCUCAUUUUAAGUAAAAACAAAACCUAGAAGUUCCUCUUUGAGUCCCAGAACUUCCCUCGCACAUCCAUCAAGUCCAGCAAACCCCAUCCUACUGCAAAUCUCAAUGAUUGCCCCCUUGAAAAUUCACUGAAGAUAGAUAACAAAUCUACCUCUUAGAUAAGAAAGACUUUUUACUAUUUAAAGAAAAAAAAGUCUUGUUGGUUUCCAGAAUUUUUAAUCUAUAUUUCUUCUCUUUCCAAAUAAAUCCAUAAUUUAUUUUUAUAAUAAAUGUAUAUAUCGUAAAAAAUAUAAUCACUUGAAUAAUU